ACAAGUGGCAGUUCAAACUUGCAGCUUGCUAUGAGCAUCACCACCACUUCCUUAACUUUUCAACUCACACUCCCUCCCCGUCUCACAUUCGGCGCGUCACACCAACGCGCCGCCCUCUCAACUCCACUCCCUUCACUCUCCAAAACACAGCGACCCUUUCUCUCCUCCGCCAUGUCCUCUCCUCCGACCGUCACCGAACUCAUCGACGAAUCACACUUCUCCUCUCUCCUCUCUCCCGACGGUUACAUCUCCAUCUGCGGCUUCGGCUCUCUCCUCUCCGAGAGAAGCGCAAGAAGCACUUUCCCCGAUUUGCUCAAUUUCAGAACCGCCAGGUUGAACCAUUUCCGCCGCGUCUUCGCUCACGUCGCUCCCGUUUUCUUCGAACGCGGCAUUGCCAAACCUGAAACCAUGGAGAUUUCAAGUUUGAGUGUGGAACCGUGUGAUGGAGAAACACUUGUAGUAACAGUGUUUGAGAUUGGAAAAUCAGAGAUUCCAGAUUAUAUCAAGAGGGAGGUCGAGUUUCGGUUUCUUGCUGUUGUUCCUGAAACGCUUGAUGGCAAGCCUUUUGAGUUCCCGGCGGUCCUUUGUGCUCGUUAUAGUGAUGAGGAGUUUUUCAAGAUUCGAUGUAAAGGAGACAAGGAAAUUUAUUUUCAACAAUAUGGACGGUGGAAUAUUGAUAAAAUUUGGAGAGAUGAUGUCUUACCUUGCCGUGUUUAUCUUCGACACUGUGUACUGGCUGCAAAGAAUCUUGAUGACACAGCCUACAACAACUUUCUGGAUCACACUUACCUUGCUGACCGUAAAACAACCAUCCGCGAGUACUUGGCAACAACAGGAUCUGGCAUCAUGGAAGAGGAGCCCCCUAAGUCCGUCAAGUACCGCUAUGGUGGUUGAUAGUUCUAACAGUCAGUUUUUACUGCUUCAGAUAUGUCAACAUCAAAGGAUCCAAGAUGGACUGAACACUGAUAGUUCAAUAAAAAAACAUAAGCUUGCUUUAAUAAUACAUUCAUGCUGUUCAGUCUUCUGAUUUGCUGAAAGUUAUGAAUAUCAAGCUUAAGAAUAGCAUGCAACAGAACACAAACCAGAGCAUAUGUAGAGCUUUCUUUGUUAAAAAGUUACAUUCAUCUCUGAUGUUAACUGUAUCAUUAGUAUAGUACCUGAAUAAUGUUUUGAAUGUAAAUUUUAAGCAUCACGCAUAACAUGUUUAACACUGUUCUAGGGUGGAUAAAUGGCAGAAUUUGUAAAACUAAUUCCCUUGGAUUAACGAAUGAUUGGUUUGCUGCUA